GGACCGAAUAAGUACAGUCAUGGAAAAACGAAGUUUAUGUAGACGGGAAAGUAUAUCCGCCGACCCGCCCCAACACGGCAUCGCCACGCCGCUCCGAUAUCUCAUAUAAUCUCCUUUUCCGAUCGUCUUUCAUACAAAUUUUAUUCUUAGUUUCUUCUCCGACCAAGAAUUCAGAUUAGAAGGUGAGCACUUUUAUUCUGAGCAUCCGGAAAAUGUUAGCGCAAGCACAGCUCCUGUUCUCGGUGGCGUUCGGGGAGAUGUCGUUGAUACUCCUCCUCCUCUUCAAGACCCCAUUACGUAAGCUGCUGAUUGUAUCCCUCGACCGUGCCAAGCGCGGACGCGGCCCUAUCGUAGUCAAGUCCGUCGGCGCCACAGUCUUACUGCUUUUCAUCUACACCGUCUACUCCAUCCAAGACAUCCAAUCCCGACCGCUGGAAAGCAUCAAUCCCACUGAUCAAGUCCUCCUUGCUUACCAAAUCCUUCAAGCUUCCCUCAUGGGGUUUGUACUAUUUCUUGCACUAAUGAUAGACAGGCUGCAUCACUACAUAAGAGAGCUUCGUGCACUCAGAAAGGCCAUGGAAGCUGCGAAAAAACAAGAUCAAAGCCUUGAUAAUGGUAAGAGUGGCGGUGGGGAGAAGAAGGUCAAAUCCCUUAAAGAUGAAAUAUCUUCAUUGACGUCCAAGAUAAGUGUGCUGGAAUCACAACUUCAAGAUGUGAGGGCUCAGGAAGCCAAGUCUGAGUCUCUUAAAGUAAAGUAUGAGCAGUUGCUACAGGAGAAUCAAAAUCUUAAAAGCCAAUUAAAUGCUAUCAAAUGAGGCGGUGAAUGAAUGAUAGUAGCGUUCCUCUUGUGGUGGAUAACUGGAGAUCGUGUUUUAUGUUCCCAUCAAUAACUUGUCUCUUUGGGAAUAUCAUUUGUAUUUCUUUGUUAACUAUGAAAUCAUGUAACAUUGUCAUUUGUAAGUGUGCAUAUCUAUGUCUAUGAAAGACGGAGCUAUUAAAAUUGGGCAAUCUUAAGUAUCUUAUGUGACAUUCAUC